UGUGUUGUAUCAUGUAAACAAACCUGUCAGUCAAGCGCGCCAGUUUCAUUACUUUGUUGUGUUUAAUUAUAACGUGGAGGUGUUGAUGGUUGUAGUGGUGUGGGUGUUUGAGGUUGGCACAGGUGUAAAAUGACUUUGAAGGUGUGCAACUUGCAAGGCGUGACAGAUGCACUCUUCCGGGAGUUCAUGUCCCAGCCCGGGGAGAGGCAGUGGUGCAGCGAAAUUCUGCACUCCAUCACCAAAGGAGAAAGGAUAGACUCAAAGGAUCUGCUGAAGCUGCCCUCUGAUGCUGGCCCUCUAAAAGGCUCACCUAGAGGCUCCCCUGUCAACUCUCCCCGCAACCAUGCCCACCUCUCCCCUCUCUUGCUGCCACCAUCUCCCCGCUCCCCUCUGUCCCCCCUCCAGGCCACACCACCAAACAUCAACCAGCACCAGCCUCACACACCUCGCACCCACCACUCAGUGUCCCCACCAGUCUCUGCACCAGUCACUCCGCCAUUGUCCUCUUCAUCAACUUUCUCGGUAGCAAUCUCCUCAAUCACGCGUUCCUUCUCUGCCUCCCUGGCCAAUGAGGCACGCCCAUGUUUGGGUGCUCCUGCUGCCACCACGUCCCGAAAGCAUGCUCGGCGGAGGCCGGGUGGCGUUGGCAGCGGUGCCAGGGCCAGCGAGGCGGCAGCAGGAGGAGGCGCAGCUCCGGGCGGCCAGACGUGCCCAGUAGUGUGUUACCCGGAGCCACGUGUGCGCUACACGAGCAGUGAUCGUCGCCCCUUGCCUGGGAUGUGCUGGUGCAGGUGUAGUGUAAACAGCAAAGUCAGCAACAGUGAGCAGUGGGAGUGCGCGUGGGCGGUUAGUGCGCCAGUGCAUUGGUGUCAAGUGUGA